UGUCAUUUUCUCUCCAGCUAAAUUAAAGCUUUAAUUUGCAUUUAAAGAACAAAUAAACCACAUAAAUUUUAUUUAUUUUUAAUAAUCAAUAAAGAUGUUUCUUACCCGAUCCGAAUACGAUAGAGGAGUAAACACCUUCUCCCCCGAAGGUCGUCUCUUCCAAGUGGAAUAUGCAAUUGAAGCAAUUAAAUUGGGUUCCACAGCAAUCGGCAUUUCAACUCCUGAAGGAGUCGUAUUGGCAGUCGAGAAACGUAUCACUUCACCUCUAAUGGAACCAGGUACCGUUGAAAAGAUCUCCGAAGUUGACAAGCACAUUGGAUGUGCCACAUCCGGGCUAAUGGCUGACGCACGAACUUUAAUCGACCGGGCUCGUGUCGAAUGCCAAAAUCAUUGGUUUGUCUACAAUGAACGUAUGACAAUUGAGUCGUGUGCUCAGGCAGUGUCCACUUUGGCCAUUCAAUUCGGAGACAGUGGAGAUGGUGGUUCGGCCAUGAGUCGUCCAUUCGGUGUGGCUAUUUUGUUUGCUGGAAUUGAAGAUGGCAAACCACAAUUGUGGCAUAUGGAUCCUUCAGGGACUUACAUUCGAUAUGGAGCCAAGGCAAUUGGUUCGGGUAGUGAAGGAGCCCAGCAGAAUUUGCAAGAUAAUUACACAAAAGAGAUGACUUUGAAUGAAGCUAUUGAGUUGGCUUUAAACACUUUGAAACAAGUCAUGGAAGAGAAACUGAAUUCGACAAAUGUUGAGGUAAUGACAAUGACUCCAGAUGCACUCUUCCGGAUGUAUACUAAGGAAGAAGUGGAACAAGUUAUUACCAAGCUUGUUUAGAUUGCUCGGGUGUAUCUCUCAUCUUUAAGUGGUUUUUUUUUUGGCUGAGGAGUUUAUUUUUUAUGAAAAACAUCAAGAGAAAAUUUUAAAAAUUUCCAUUUGCUGAUUGUGGUAUUCUUUUUUUCUAAAAUUAAUAAAUGAAAAUAAUAAUUA